CUACAAUCGUCUUCCAGAGUCUCACAAGCCCAACACUCAUUGCGUUUUCUGUUUUUUUCCCAACCACCACCACCAAAAGGACCAGGAAUUUGCUUUUCUUUCAAUUUUCUUGUACACACACACUCCUUUGCUGAACUCAGAGACCAGACCAAGUCAUUCCUUGACGGAACCAAACCCCCCACUAUUUUCUCGUCCUUCCUUUUGCGCACUCUUUCACUUGCUGCACCAAACCUGACCCACGCGUCAAGUCAACAUAUCCGAUAUCCAGCGUCAUUCGAGUUACUCUCACAAGAUCAAAAACACCUAGAAUUCCUUCGAAUACACACGCUAGACGUCUCGAAGAGAAGGAAAGAAAAGAGCAAGGAAACACCACAGAUUUAAUACCACCAUCACAUCCAAACCCCCCCUCAAAACAAAAUGAAGGCCACACUCGUCCUACCGACAGUUCUGGCCCUCUUCGGCACCCGCGGCCUGGCAGCCACGCCUCCAGGUUGUCUCCUCGGUGCCGUCAACACUCAAGACAACCCGACAGACCUCUCUUCCAUCUGCGGUGACGAAGCCACAAAAGUCCAAUCCGCCAUCAACAGCUUGUGCAGUGGCUCCUCCAACAAAUCCGCGGCUCAAUCUGCCUUCAUCGCAACAUGCUCGUCGGCAGGUUCCAGCGUUGCCCCCUUCACGGCCACUGCAACUACUACCAAAGGCCCCUCUUCAUCUUCCGGUACCUUUGUCUACACCACCGUCGUAUCCGGCAGUACGAUCGUCACAACUGGCAACUCGGCCCCGACAGGCUCAUCGGCAACUGCUACAGGCGGUUCGGCAUCCUCGACGAAUGCAGAAGGCGCUUCGGCCACGGGCAACGCGGCGUCUGAUCCGCGUCAAGUAGGAAGCUUUGCGGCGGCGGUCAUUGCCAUUGCAGGUGUAGUGGCGGUCCUGUAAAAAUAAAACAGACCAGACAAAUUCCCAGUUUUAGUCUAUUCUAGCGCGCGGCGGAGGAGUAAGAUACCCAUGCUUCCAGCAUUCUUGAAAACUUUUUGGCGUGGCAGUUGGCCGCCCAAAAAGACCGCAUAUGUACAAAUGCAAUUCUUCAAUGAAACAUCCGCAGACUGCUC